GACGCCGCACCCGGCCGCCCGCGCCCUCCCGGCCAACUGCAGCAGCGCCGCCGCCGCGCCGGGCCUCUUCUGGGGCUCCUACCGGCCCCACGUCUACUUCGGCAUGAAGACGCGCAGCCCGCGCGCCCCCGUGGCAGGCCUGAUGUGGAUGCGGCCGUCGGAGGGGGACGUCCGGCUGCGGCACACCUGCGAGCAGAGCGACCGCCUGGCCCGCUACGGCUGGCUGCGCCACGACGGGCUCCACUUCGGCGCGCAGGAGAUCCGCGACGCCGGCCUCCGCCUGCAGACCGAGUUCGUCAAGCGGCCCGGCGGCCGCCACGGCGGAGACUGGAGCUGGCCGGCAGGCAGGCAUCUAUCUGGGGGGGGGAGAAUGGCGGGGACCCCACCGGCCUUCAUUUCCCUGCUCUUCUAUGUGGCCACUGAUGGACAAGGGACGCUCCAGCCUCUGGUGGUGGAAAAGAACCGCAUGUCCUCUCUGACAGGCACAACGGAAGAGCUGGGGGACUUCACCGUCACCUUCCAGCAGCCCACCAGUGAGAUUGGCACGACUCCGCUCUAUGCCAGCUACAACUACCUACAGGCGAAGGCGGAGGGCCUGCACCGCCUGAGCGAUGUCGUGAAAGCCAGCCUCAGUCCUCGUUUUGUGUAUGCACCGCCGGGGGCCCCCAAGCGCCGCUAUUUUGGUGUAGACGCUUACCGGGGACCGCCCGACGGGGUCGAGCCUCGUAGCCAGCUCCUUGUUCACCAGGUGACCGUGGCUGUGCCCUGCCGACUGGAGGUGCUCUUUGAGUCGGGCAGCGUUGCUGACCGUGCUGGACGUCUGGCGGGAGAGGUGCUGGCGCAAGAGUUGGCCAGGCACAGGGGCGCCUUUGAGGAGCGCUUUGAGAGGACUUUUGGGCUGGCCCGCAAAGGCUUCUCUGCACAGGAGCAGGACUUUGCCAAGGCCGCCUUCAGCAACAUGCUGGGUGGGAUGGGCUACUUCUACGGGCACUCGCUGGUGCAGGCUCCCCACAGUGACCGCCCGCAGCCCUAUCUCGAAGGCCCCCUCUUCACGGCUGUGCCCUCGCGCUCCUUUUUCCCACGGGGCUUCCUGUGGGACGAAGGCUUCCACCAACUGUUGCUGAGCCGCUGGGAUCCAGCCCUGACCCGUGAGGUGCUGGCACAUUGGUUCGACCUCAUGAACGCCGAAGGCUGGAUCCCUCGUGAGCAGAUCCUGGGCGAGGAGGCCCGCACCAAGGUGCCUGCGGAGUUUGUGGUGCAGCACAGCACUGCGGGCAACCCCCCCACCUUCUUCUUAGUGCUGCAGCAGCUCCUGUCCCAGGGCGCCACCGACGUGCCCUACCUGCGGCGCCUCUACCCCCGCUUGCAGAGCUGGUACGACUGGUACAAUCGCACCCAGGCAGGACCCGUUCCCUACGCCUUCCGGUGGCGUGGGCAGGACCAGGACACGCAGCUGUUUCUCAACCCAAAGACUCUGACCUCGGGGCUGGAUGAUUAUCCGAGGGCCUCGCACCCGUCACCAGACGAGCGCCACCUUGACCUGCGCUGCUGGAUGGCGCUGGCUUCAGAUGUCAUGGCCAGGGUGGCCGCGCACCUGGGGGAACCCGCCGGGGACUACCAGCACAUGGCCGAGGCGCUGGCCGACAACCAGCUGCUGGAGCAGCACCACUGGGCGGAAGCCCUGGGCACCUUCGCGGACUAUGGCAACCACACCCAGGCGGUGUUGCUGGAGCGGGAGAGAUUCCAGCCCCCUCCUCCAGGCCAGCCCCUCCCUACCCCAAGGCUUCUGCGCGUGGUUCGCAAGCCCCCCAAGCUGCAGUUUGUCGGGGGCGCCCUGGGCUACGUGAGCCUUUUCCCUUUGCUGCUACAGCUGCUGCGGCCUGAAUCACCACGGCUGGGCGCCCUCCUGGCAGACAUGCGCAGCGAGCAGCAGCUGUGGACGCCCUUCGGCCUGCGUUCCCUCUCGCGCAGCAGCCCUUUCUACCUCAAGCACAACACUGAGCACGACCCCCCUUACUGGCGGGGCCCCAUCUGGAUCAACAUCAACUACCUGGCUGUGCGGGCCCUUCACCACUACGGCCGCCUGGAGGGCCCUUUCCGGGAGGCGGCAGCCGCCCUGUACCGGGAGCUGCGGGCCAACCUCAUUGGCAACGUCUUCCGGCAGUACCAGGAGAGCGGCUACCUCUGGGAGCAGUACCACGACGGCACGGGCAAGGGCCAGGGCUGCUACCCUUUCACGGGCUGGUCCGCCCUGGUCCUGCUCAUGAUGGCGGAGGAGUACUAGCGGCGGUGCAGCUACCGGUGGCCAG